UAUGUCAAAUUUCGCGAAAUUACUUCAAAAAGUGCCUAUGAUAUGCUCAUCCACCAUCGAUUAUUAUCGUUAUGGACCACCUCAACCAUCAUGGAAUUUGAAGCUUUAUUUGAUAUUCAAACUUGUAAAAGAUGGGAUGGCAUCACCAACCAAACAAACUAUCGAAAGUCUUCAAGGAACAAAUAAACCAGAAACAGCUGCCGAUAAUGGUAUACUUGUAGAUGAGCUGUCAUUGUCAAAUUCACUUCGUAAAAAAUCAGAAAUUUACAUUGAUGAUAUUUUAAAAGAUUAUAAUCAUGUGCUUCUUGAUGAUUGGAGAAGUGUUAAUCUUGGAAAUGGAUUAGAAGGCGAAUGG